CUGUGUUCUCAAGAAUUAAAAAAAAGGCUCGGACACCAAGCGAAGGUGAUACGUCUCGGCACAAAAUAAAUUAACUGACCCAAGUAAGAACAACACCGGAAUCUGGCUAGUUAUAACCUAAAGUAGCUCCUCUCAGAAAGACUCCGAAACAGCCAUCACUUCCCUGUAUACAUUGCAAAUAUGAGUAAGGGCUAUCAGCAAGGCUAUGGCCCACCUGGUCAGCAACCAGGUUCUCCUGGACAACAUCAAGGUUAUGGGACUUUGCCUGGUCCGCCUCCUGGCCAGCAAGGCUACGGGCCCCCGCCUGGACAGCAAGGCUAUGGCCCCCCGCCUGGACAGCAAGGAUAUGGGCCCCCACCUGGACAACAAGGCUAUGGGCCCCCACCUGGACAACAAGGCUACGGGCCCCCGCCUGGACAGCAAGGCUAUGGCCCCCCGCCUGGACAGCAAGGAUAUGGGCCCCCGCCUGGACAGCAAGGAUAUGGGCCCCCUCAAGGACAACAGCAAGGUUUUUCUGGACCAUCUUUAGCAGUGGGAGGUGACACAGAUACACCUAGCUACCAGGGCGCUGAUGUCCCAGACCAAGAUGUUGAAGGGAAUGAGAAUGCCGCCCCACCCCCGCCAUCUGCCCCACCCGCCAGUCUGUUUGCUGGGAUUCAAGGAUAUGAAAAUGUUCAGUAUGGGAAUGAGUUUUUGCCUCCACCUCCCCCUUAUGAGCCGCCGCCCCCUCAGAAACACCCUGAAGAGGUCUUCAAGCAAUCUACCGCAAUCACUGAGGAACAGGCCAGGGAGGCACUGUUAGAGUAUGUUUCCCAGCACUGUUGUUAUGGCAGUGGUGCUGCCAAGAACAUGGAGGUUAAAGACAUCCAACCAUCUAGCGCUUACCAUUAUUCGCUGUCCAGUUUUUGUGAAAGUCGGUCAACAGCAUGGAAGUUUGAGCCUUACACGGGGCAAAUGAUUGAUGGACCAAAUAACGGCCCCGCCCCUCCUCCAUGGAGCAUACCCGCCCAGCAUAGCGGCAUGUUCACGGACAUGGUGAAGAAGAUUGAGGUGCCGCAUACUGCUGUUAUCAAGCCAUGUCAUGAGUGUAUGGCUUCAGGCUACAAGCGGUGCUACAAUUGCCAUGGGCGCGGCAGGACUCGUUGUACAUGGUGUCAUGGAUCUGGUCACCGCACCGUGUAUCGCGAUGGUGAGCAUCGGCGUGAGAGUUGUCACCACUGCCAUGGUUCUGGAAGAAGAAGGUGUAUUACUUGCCAUGGUCAUGGCCGUGUGCGGUGCUGGACUUGUCAGGGGCAGGGCAACCUCAAGACCUAUAUUGAGCUCACCGUCAAGUGGCAAACACAUCUCAGUAAUCACGUAACUGAGAAAACAGACCUUCCAGACCACCUGAUUGUCAACUGCGCCGGCACUGACAUCUUCGCUGAUGAGCAGAUAAGGGUUUGGCCAAUCACAACCUUCCAUGACCAUGAUGUAAACAAUGGCUCACAAAGACUUGUCCAGGAACAUUCAACAAGUUUCCCAACUGAAAGGAUACUGAUGCAGCGGCACUUACUGCGUGCUGUUCCUGUGUCUGAGGUUCAGUACAAGUGGAAUGACAAGACCUUGCGGUUCUGGGUAUUUGGACAUGACCACAAGGUGCAUGCUCCUGACUACCCCCAGACAUGCUGCUGCGGCUGCACCAUCCUGUAGACAGCGUGACCAGGAAAGAAACCAGGAACAAAGCACCACCACGACUGAUGGAAACCAGGAACAAACAACGCCACGACUGAUGAAAACCAGGAACAAACAACACGAUGACAAUAAUAGAAACCAGGAACAAACAACAACAUGACUGAUGGAAACCAAGAACAAACAACACGAUGACAAUAAUAGAAACCAGGAACAAACAACAACAUGACCAAUAGAAAGCAGGAGCAAACAGUACCAUGACCGAUAGAAACCAGAAACUACGCGCACUAUGACAAGGAUAGAUAGGAAGACCAUACAGCCAGGAUUGAAAACACCAUGACACUAUGUUAUAUACAAGCAGGAACCACGACACCAUGACUACCAGAUAUCAAUUAAUAAUAAUAAUAAUAAUGAUAAUAAUAAUAAUAAUAAUAAUAAUAAUAAUAAUAAUAAUAAUAAUAAUAAUAAUAAUAAUAAUAAUAAUAAUAAUAAUAAUAAUAAUAAAAAUAAUAAUAAUAAUAAAAAUAAUAAUAAUAAUAAUAAUAAGUUUGAUUCAACCUUUCGCAGUAUAGACUGGAUUACAGGUGAGUCAGAGAUACAAGUAAGCAAUACAAUAAAGUACAAUUAAUCAAAUGUAAUCAGCAUAUUAAACAGUAACGAACUCGUU